GAGAGGGGCUUUCUCCACCGUUGCUCCUCUGUGUGGAGCUGCGGCCUCCGCUCUGGCGCUGCCUGGUGCGUUCCCAGAGUUUCUGGAGACAGGGCCUCCCUGAGUCAGACCUGCUCUCUGCCUGAUGGGGGCGGCGUGCCGGCCCACCUCUCCCAGACCCUCCCAAAGGGAGUGUGAGCUGCAGAAGUGGCCCAGACUCAGCAGAUGAUGUACCUGGGGCUGCCGUAGGGGACUCUGGGCCAGAGCACCAUAGGGGUGCCCUUUGGAGCCUGAAUUCCCAGCUCCAGCCUCUCUCCUGCUGCCCAUCUGUGCACAGGAUGGAGCCAGGCACUGCUGCACCACGGACUUGAAUCUCCUCGUCCAGGAUCCCCACGUGGGUCACUGGGCGUGUCCACUCUGUUCUCACUGGGUGUGGGCCUCAGUUAUAGCCUACUAGAGGGUCACACAGCCCCGUCCCUGUGGAUGGGGAAACUGAGGCAGAGGAAGGUUGAGUGAGCUCCAGAGUCGUCCUGCUUCACUGAAAGGAGGGGUCCCAGCCUGAGAUGAGAGCUGGGGGUGCAGAUUGCUUGAGCUUACCAGCAGCCCAGCCACGUUGAAUGGCCAGGGUGAAGCUGUGUUUAAAAUAGGCCAGAUGGGAACUCUGGCACCAGGGAGGGCCUGUCCGUGGGGCUCACUGUGCCAUCUUGGCUUUUGGGCCAGGCCUCAGAUGGGGUCCAGGGUUGCAGGGACCUAUGACCCUGGGCUGCUUGACCAGGUGCUGUCUCCCAUUUCACUGCAGAGAGGGGCCCGGGGCUGGAGGGCCUAUGUUCAAGUCCCCUUGUGCCGGGGCCCAGGCGUGUCCCCUCACAGUCCUGGAUAACUCGGAUGGUGCUGAGCACAGGCUGCCCGGGCCCCUCUCCCACCCCCGCGUUCAGCUCAGAGGCUGGUGUGAGCCCUCGAAGGGCUGGCUGGGGUGAGCAGGCGCCCGGCACUCUCUUCUUGGUCAGGCUGCUUUGAAGGGUGAGUGCAGGCCUGGGCUUUACCCAGCACAGAGCGGGGCCCUGGCAGGACCAGGGUCCGGUCUCUGCUGACGGAGCAUUGUGUGCCAAGAAAGAGACUUGAGCGUUUGAACGGCCACAUUCUGCUUCUUCCAACAGCCUCCUGGGUAGGAAAUCUUAUGGAAAUUUCCCAAAAGGUGAAAAAGCCUUGGAGAGUUGUGGUUUCCGGGGAAACCUGGACUUCUCUGGUUCCUGGGCCCCUCGGGAGGUCUUGGGCCUCCUCGCAGGAUUCUGUCCCUCACCAAAUAAUUUAAAGUGAGAUUACUCUGGAGUGGUAAGAUGUUGUACACGACGCUGCCUCGUUACACAGUGGAGGUGGAGUCAGUCUCUGUGCACAUUCUGUGUCUGCGAGAGAAUGGGAGCUAACGGGUAAGCAGGAACGCUCCUCCUGAUCCUUCCACAGUUAGAGCAGAGGAAAUCCGUUUUAUUAGAAAUCGCUGCCAGCCAAUCUCUGCAGAGACGCGGUCGCUCCAGAGGCGCCAGUGCCCUGGAUGUGGGCACUGCUGGGCGCUAAGGAUUCUCGACCCCCAGGAUGCUGACCACGUGGGAGUCCUGUCUCCAGUUUUGAAAACGCUUAAAUCCUGGAGUGUUCAGAGCUGUGGUCACUUCUCAGGGCACAGGCUGAGUCCAGUGGUGGAGAGUGGCUUAACAUAGUGGUUUUCCCAGUUUGUUUUAGCUGAUAAACGAAUGAGUCUGUGGAUCUCCGCCAGUCCCUGUGCUCCUGACACGUCCGUGCCCCCGUGUGCACACUCAGCAAGUCCGUCCUGUAGCUGCUCGCAAGAGCACGGGGCCAGCCUCUGCCUGUAGGAGUGACAUUCCGUAGCCUCCAUAGCCGCACCAGGGCUGGGCCAGCCUCGGCCCCAUAGGAAUGACGUUCCGAAGUCACGGAAGAGCCAGGCUGGCCCAAGCGCUGUAGGAGUGACAUUCGCAGCGGUAGAGGAGCUGGACUGGCCUCCGCCUGAAGCUGCUUCCAGUGUGGGGAGAUGAAUCUGCUAUGCAGAGUUCCUCCUGGUGUUCUCCUGCCUCGUGCUGUCUGUGUUUUCCACCAUCAAGGAGUAUGAGAAGAGCUCCGAGGGGGCCCUCUACAUCCUGGAAAUCGUGACUAUCGUGGUGUUUGGCGUGGAGUACUUCGUGCGGAUCUGGGCCGCAGGCUGCUGCUGCCGGUACCGUGGCUGGAGGGGGCGGCUCAAGUUUGCCCGGAAGCCGUUCUGUGUGAUUGAUAUCAUGGUGCUCAUCGCCUCCAUUGCAGUGCUGGCCGCCGGCUCCCAGGGCAAUGUCUUUGCCACAUCCGCGCUGCGGAGCCUGCGCUUCCUGCAGAUUCUACGGAUGAUCCGCAUGGACCGGCGGGGAGGCACCUGGAAGCUACUGGGCUCUGUGGUCUAUGCCCACAGCAAGGAGCUGGUCACCGCCUGGUACAUCGGCUUCCUCUGUCUCAUCCUGGCCUCGUUCCUGGUGUACUUGGCAGAGAAGGGGGAGAACGACCACUUUGACACCUACGCAGAUGCACUCUGGUGGGGCCUGAUCACGCUGACCACCAUUGGCUACGGGGACAAGUACCCGCAGACCUGGAACGGCAGGCUCCUGGCGGCAACCUUCACCCUCAUCGGCGUCUCCUUCUUCGCGCUUCCUGCAGGCAUCUUGGGGUCUGGCUUUGCCCUGAAGGUUCAGGAGCAGCACCGGCAGAAGCACUUUGAGAAGAGGCGGAACCCAGCUGCAGGCUUGAUCCAGUCGGCCUGGAGAUUCUACGCCACCAACCUCUCGCGCACAGACCUGCACUCCACGUGGCAGUACUACGAGCGCACGGUCACCGUGCCCAUGUACAGUUCGCAAACUCAAACCUACGGGGCCUCCAGACUCAUCCCCCCGUUGAAUCAGCUGGAGCUGCUGAGGAACCUCAAGAGUAAAUCUGGACUUGCUUUCAGGAAGGAGCCCCCGCCGGAGCCGUCUCCAAGUAAAGGCAGCCCGUGCAGAGGGCCCCUGUGUGGAUGCUGCCCCGGACGCUCUAGCCAGAAGGUCAGUUUGAAAGAUCGUGUCUUCUCCAGCCCCCGAGGCGUAGCUGCCAAGGGGAAGGGGUCCCCGCAGGCCCAGACUGUGCGGCGGUCACCCAGCGCCGACCAGAGCCUCGAGGACAGCCCCAGCAAGGUGCCCAAGAGCUGGAGCUUCGGGGACCGCAGCCGGGCACGCCAGGCUUUCCGCAUCAAGGGCGCCGCGUCACGGCAGAACUCCGAAGAAGCAAGCCUCCCUGGAGAGGACAUUGUGGAUGACAAGAGCUGCCCCUGCGAGUUUGUGACUGAGGACCUGACCCCGGGCCUCAAAGUCAGCAUCAGAGCCGUGUGUGUCAUGCGGUUCCUGGUGUCCAAGCGGAAGUUCAAGGAGAGCCUUCGGCCCUACGACGUGAUGGACGUCAUUGAGCAGUACUCAGCCGGCCACCUGGACAUGCUGUCCCGAAUUAAGAGCCUGCAGUCCAGGAUAGAUAUGAUUGUGGGCCCCCCACCCCCUUCAACUCCCCGGCACAAGAAGUACCCCACCAAAGGACCCACGGCCCCUCCGAGAGAGUCACCCCAGUACUCACCUAGAGUGGACCAGAUUGUGGGGCGGGGCCCAGCGAUCACGGACAAGGACCGCACCAAGGGCCCGACCGAGGCGGAGCUGCCUGAGGACCCCAGCAUGAUGGGACGGCUCGGGAAGGUGGAGAAGCAGGUCUUGUCCAUGGAGAAGAAGCUGGACUUCCUGGUGAACAUCUACAUGCAGCGGAUGGGCAUCCCCCCGACAGAGACUGAGGCCUACUUUGGGGCCAAAGAGCCGGAGCCGGCACCUCCGUACCAUAGCCCGGAAGACAGCCGGGAGCACGUCGACAGGCACGGCUGCAUCGUCAAGAUUGUGCGCUCCAGCAGCUCCACGGGCCAGAAGAACUUCUCGGCGCCCCCGGCUGCGCCCCCUGUCCAGUGUCCGCCCUCCACCUCCUGGCAGCCACAGAGCCACCCGCGCCAGGGCCACGGCACCUCCCCCGUGGGGGACCCUGGCUCCCUGGUGCGCAUCCCGCCGCCGCCUGCCCACGAGCGGUCACUGUCCGCCUACGGCGGGGGCAACCGCGCCAGCACAGAGUUCCUGCGGCAGGAGGACGCCCCGGGCUGCAGGCCCCCCGAGGGGACUCUGCGGGACAGCGACACGUCCAUCUCCAUCCCGUCCGUGGACCACGAGGAGCUGGAGCGUUCCUUCAGCGGCUUCAGCAUCUCCCAGUCCAAGGAGAACCUGGAUGCUCUCAACAGCUGCUACGCGGCCGUGGCGCCUUGUGCCAAAGUCAGGCCCUACAUCGCGGAGGGAGAGUCAGACACCGACUCCGACCUCUGUACCCCCUGCGGGCCCCCGCCACGCUCGGCCACCGGCGAGGGCCCCUUUGGUGACGUGGGCUGGGCCGGGCCCAGGAAGUGAGGCAGCGCUGGGCCCUCCUCAGCACGGUGCCUCCGAGGUUUUGAGGCAGGAACCCUCUGGGGCCCUUUUGUUACAGUAACUGAGUGUGGCGGGAAGGGUGGGCCCUGGAGGGGCCCAUGUGGGCUGAAGGACGGGGCUCCUGGCAGUGACCUUUUACAAAAGUUAUUUUCCGACAGGGGCUGGAGGGCCGGGCAGGGCCCUGUGGCUCCAGGAGCAGCGUGCAACAGUAAGGCCGCCCUGUCCACUCUGCUCAGGGCUGUGGCAGACAUCGGCCUGGUGUGAGGAGGGGCGGGAGUGAUGACGGGGUGUGACUGGCAUGGCGACGGGCGGGGGAUGGUCUCAGGGAGCCAAGCCCAGGGGAGGCACAAGGGGCAGGCCUGUUCCAUGAGGACCUGUGGGCCUUGGGGCCUGGUGGGAUUUCUGGGCAGCUGCGGGUGGGCGUGGCCGGCCGCUGCGCGUGGCCUCUGCCCUCACACCUGGCCUGCCCGGCGGACUUUCCCGUGCCCCACCUCAGGGGUGCCCAAUUACAGAGCUGUUGAUUGGCAUCUUCUCCCGUACCUUCUGGGAUCUGAGGGAUCUUUUGGUGGGAACCAGCCCUGAGGGGGAGACCCUCACUGGCAGCUGAGGAGCAGGUGGGGCCUGGAACCAAAUUGGAGCCCAGAGUGGACGUCCAACCCUCUGGUCUUGGCCUCUAGGGGGAAGGCCCGGCUCACGGUGGGACCAGGGAUCCAGCUCUGAAGCGUCUUCAGAAAGGGGGUCCUUGGGGGCUCCAGCUGCCUCGCCCUGGCCUUUCCGUGGGUGCGUGAGAGCCAGCAGCACCCCAGCCUCGGAGACCUAGGGGGCAGGACCCCAAGUCUUCCCCUCUUUCCUGACUGCCCUGGUUGGGUGCUGGCACUGGGACACCUACCUGGUGAGCAGGCCUCACAGUUCUUAGCCAGGGAUCCGCCUCACCUUUGUCCACCAAUGCCCUGACAGACUUGGGGCAGGGCUGGGCCGUGAUGCGGUGGGCCAGGAAAGCCUUCACGCCAGCACAGGGCCACCCUCCCCGCCUUUCCGGAGGAAGCCGCCCCCACCUCAGCCCAGCUGAGCGCCCUCCCUGCUCUCCUGCACCCCUGGAGCUGACGGCCCCUUCUCCACUGACCGAUUCCUUAACUGGGCCUCUUGGGGUCUCGGGCCUCAGGGAUGCACCAUCCCACACCUGUCCUGUUGCGGGCACCGUGGCCCUUGGGGCGGGCGGUUGUGAUGGGGGAGCGAGUCCCUAGCUCCAGACUUAAGCACCAGAGCCCGGGAGCAUCUGGCAUUGGGGUGAUGGCAUCGCAG